AUGUCGACGACGGAGCCGCUCCUCUCGGCCGGCAAUGAUGGCGAGGCGGGGAAGAAGAAUCAGAGCAGCAGCAAGGGGCGGCGCGUGUGCAUCGACGAGGCGCUGUCGUCGUACGCGGGGGAGUUCGGGCGGUGGCAGCUGCGGCACUUCGUGGCGGUGUCGGCCGCGUGGGCGCUGGAGGCGCUGCACACCAUGGUGAUCAUCUUCGCGGACCGGGAGCCGGCCACGUCCUGCGCCGCCGCCCGGUGCGGGGACCCCUGCGCAGGCGCCGGCGCCGCGGGCGGGUGGGAGUGGGCCGGCGGCGCCCCGGUGGCGUCGACCGUCGCCGAGUGGGGCCUCGUCUGCGGCGAGCGCUACAAGGUCGGCCUCGCCCAGGCCGUCUUCUUCGCCGGCUGCAUGAUCGGCGCGGGCGUGUUCGGGCACCUCUCGGACUCGUUCCUGGGCCGGAAGGGGUCGCUGCAGGUGGUGUGCAUCCUCAACGCCGCCUUCGGCCUGCUCACGGCGGCGUCCCCGAACUACUGGGCAUACGCGGCGCUGCGCCUCCUCACGGGCUUCAGCACGGGCAGCGUCGGCGUGCUGGCCUUCGUCCUGGCCACCGAGCCCGUCGGCCCCGCCCGCCGCGGCGCCGCGGGGAUGUCCACCUUCUACUUCUUCUCCGGCGGCAUCGCGGCGCUCGCGGGCGUCGCCGCGCUCUUCCCGCGCUCCUGGCGCCUCCUCUACGUCGUCACCUCGCUCCCGUCGCUCGCGUUCGCCGUCGCCGUCGUGCCGUUCGUCUCCGAGUCGCCGCGGUGGUACCUCGUGCGCCGACGCCCCGACGACGCCCUCCGGGUCAUCCGGGAAAUCGCUGCCACCAACGGCAGGGCCGUCCCGGAGGAUCUCACGCUCAAGCUCGACGACGAGGACGAGGAGGAGCAGGGGAAGGACGGUGGUGGGGGCACGGCCAAGGCGGCGGCGGCGUCCGCGUCCUCGGGCUCCAUCUUCGACGUGUUCCGGUCCCGGACCACGCGGGUGCGCCUCGUGCUCUCCGUGCUCAUCAACCUCCUCGCCUCGGUGGUGUACUACGGCCUCAGCCUCAACGUGGUCAACCUCAAGACCAACCUCUACGUCACCGUCGCCGUCAACUCGCUCGCCGAGAUGCCCGCCUACCUGCUCACGGCGCUGCUCCUCGACCAUUUCGGCCGGAAGCCUCUCGCCAUCGGCACCAUGCUGCUCAGCGGCGUCUUCUGCACCGCCGGGAGUCUCAUACCCGGCGCAGGGAUCAUGAGGGUGGCGCGGAUGGUGUGCGGCGUGGUGGGCAUCUUCGGCAUGGCGGCGACGUACAACCUGCUGUUCAUCUACACGGCGGAGCUGUUCCCGACGGUGGUGCGGAACGCGGCGCUGGGGUGCACGGCGCAGGCGGCGCAGAUGGGGGCCAUCGUGGCGCCGCUGGUGGUGAUGUUCGGGGAGAGGCUGCCGUUCGCGGUGUUCGGCGCCUCGGGCAUCGUCGGCGGCCUGCUCGUCUUCUACCUGCCGGAGACCAUGAACAAGCCCCUGUACGACACCAUGGCGGGGCUGGAGGAAGGGGAGAAGAGCGUGCUCAAGUGA